ACUUUUGAUAUUCAGAUGUGAAGAGAAAGAUCCUAACCCUGAUGAGGUAUGUAAAAUAAACGGAGAAAAAUACUGUAAUAUUAUCCGCAAUCCAAGAGGGAUGUUUGGGAAAUGCAUCGAAAAGCUGGGAGCAGAGGAUGUCAGAGAAUUCUAUGAGUCUUGUUUGUACGAUUAUUGCUUUUAUGCCAAUUCGACAUUCAUCGAAAGUAUUGUAUGCGCCGCCCUGGAGAGUUUUGCUGCAGAAUGCGAAGCGGCUGGAGUCGUCUACAAUUGGAGGUUUCUUGUCAAUUGUCCCAUGGAUUGCCCGGACAACAUGGAAUACAAGUACAAAGCUAGUGGAUGCCAACCAACCUGUGUAGAGGCGAGCCCAGAUUGUAUCAGAGAAGAAAUUGAAGGAUGUGUGUGCAAACAUGGUUACGUCCUCAGUGGAGAGAAUUGCAUUAAACCACGUGACUGUGGUUGUACCUACGACGAAUUUUACAUCAAGUUGGGCAGCAACUUGACCCUACCCGGUUGCACUAAGAUAGCUGUGUGCGAAAAAGACGGAACAGCAAGAGGACAACAGAAAAUUGUUGAUAUUGAAGGCUGUGUGGAGAAUUCACAGUGCAUCACUCGGGAAGGAGUCUGGCAAUGUGUCUGUAAUAAAGGAUUCGCAUACAAUGACAACAAGACCGAAUGUGAGAAAGUUCCAGUCUGUGGAGUUGAACCUAUUGACAUCCAGUUUGUGGUUGACAUAUCCAGCAGUAUUAGAGAAGAAGGACUCUACGAAACCAAAAAAUUCCUUACGGAAUUUGUCAACGCUUCGGUCAUUUCUCCUACACAAGCUCAAUUAGGAAUUCUGCUAUUCAAUUCUAAAGUCACCAAUAAGUUUUACAUUGAAGACUCCAAGACUAAGGAAGAAAUCAAAGAUGCUAUCGAAACGAUCGGACCCGUACACAGUGGAACAAGACUUGGUGCUGCUCUCCGGUUCACGUCAACCUCUGCGCUCUCACUACACACCGUUCGAAAAGACGUCAAGAGAGUGGUAAUAGUCAUCACUGAUGGUCAAAUCUCAAACGUGCCGGAAAUCGCACGCUGGAGUAAACAUAUACACGUUGUCCAGAAGGCCAAGAUCGUAGUCAUCGCUGUCGGGCGCAAAGACGAUACAGGUCUGCGUGAAAUGAGACGCGGCGGAGGCAAGGUACUACAUGCGUCACGUUACAACAUCAUACAACGAGUAAUUGACGAACUCUACCUAGUGGUUUGUAAAUAAAAACCCGAUCAUGAGGUGGUGGUAUUGCUACUACUAUUACUACUACUACUCAAAGAAAACCAUAUGAUUAAAAUAAUUGAUUUAGUAACGAUAGUCAUAUAUAAUGAAAUAGUGAUUAAAACUGAUUAAAAUUAUAAAAUGAUGAUUAUAUAAAUCUAAAACUGAUAACAAUAAACGAUAUAUUGCAGCUAAA